CUCAUACCACGCGCUCUUUAGGAGGCGUCCAUUUAGAAACUUGAGAGUGACCCUGUUUCUGCGUUUCCGGACCCCUCUUCUCUUUGCUUCCUCUUUCAUAAAGAAGUCCUUCUCGCGCCAUCGUUUAUUUCGCCCACUUCUCCGCCUUUUCUCUUUCUAAACUCUCUCUCUCUAGAAUCUUAACACCAUAUACUGCAGCACGAUGAGUGUUUCGAUCGAUUCGUUUACUCUCACAAACCCUAACCCUAGCUCCUCGGCUCUGUUCCUGAGGAGAGCUUCAAUGGCUCUAUGUCCCUCACCGAUGUCUCUCCAAUGGAAAUGUCUACUUCGACCUCACGGAGUCUCAGUUGUGUCUCGCACCGUUUCUCCGACGAAGCUUGGCCUGGGUUUACUUCCUCUGCCUCCUCGAAGCUUGAGGAAUCGAUCGGUUUUCUCAUUUGCAUCUUCUCGUGAAGAAUCGGCUUUUUCAGAUAAAGCGGAGGAGGAGGAGAGUGAUCUUAAAGUGGGAGCUGAAGAAUCAGAGGAAGCUUGGAAACAGACACUUGCUAGUUUCAAAGAGCAAGCAUUAAAGAUGCAGAGUGUAUCACAAGAGGCAUAUGAGUUGUACUCUAAGAAAGCAAUGGUUAUUUUAAAAGAAACUUCAGAGCAGUGGAAAGUUCAAGCAGAAAAGGCAAGAAAUGAUUUGAGUAUUGUUGCGAAGGAAAUCAGUGAGGAGAGUAAAAAGAAUCUCUCUACGGCCGCAGAGAUCUCCCCUGAGCCAGUGAAGGAUAUUGUGGAAACAUUUGCUUCCUCAACUGAUGAUGUGAAUGAAUUAUCUAAAAUGCGUGACUUUUACCUUGGGAUACCAUAUGGUAUCCUUCUCUCUUCUGGUGGCUUUCUUUCCUUCAUGCUAACUGGAAGCCUUUCUGCCCUUAGGUUUGGUGUUAUCCUUGGUGGCGCUCUCUUGGCAUUUAGUAUCUCAAGUUUGAGAUCAUGGAGAAGAGGAGAGUCAUUCCCUCUAGCCUUGAAGGGGCAGGCAGCCAUAGCGAGUAUAUUAUUCCUCAGGGAGACACGCAUGCUGUUUCAGGAACCAACAAUUGGCAGUCUUUUUACAGCCUUUGUAAGCGGCGUGAUGGUGGCAUUCUAUCUUUAUAGGCUUGCAUUAAAUGAUGGCCAGGGAAAGAGAGCAACUGGGACACAAAAUUAAUGCUUUUCUUUCAAGGCAAAAGAUGCGUUGGCUCUGGGAGAAUUUCAGGUAUGCACUGAGAAGCAAAAAUUACUUGACCUAACCGAAGGGGGCGAUUCCAGAAUCCGGGCUUCAGAAUUUUAGUGCAUUUGUAUGGGCUUCUAGUUCGAUAUGUUGAUAGAGAUGUGAUGGAAUAAGCUGGUACACUCUCCUUCGGUGUGGGAGAUUUUAGAAUAGUAGUCUGUAAUUUCAUUUCCCUUUUUACUUCCAACAGAAUUGCAUUAUCACAAUGCUGUAUUUCCCUUGUUUGAUAAGUAUUAAAAAUUUAAGUGUGACCUCCUUUAAAUUUAUUUCAUAUUUUCCUUUUACCUGCA